CAGCUGAGAGCGAAGACAAGUCAGCGCACAGAGAUCGAAGUCUAGUCUUGCCAGACAAUGGCAGCAUACCCUAAAUCACACAAUCCAUUUGCCGAUGACAAUGAGGAGGAAGAAGAAACUUCACGCUCUGGUCCAAAGAGGGGGUUUAAUUUUGAUGAUGAGCCCGAGGAGAGUAACUUGAGUCCGGCUGAGCGGAGACAGAGACAGCUUCAGCAGGAGGUCAUGCGUACGGCUCAGUCCGCCGUGGACAGCAGUUACCGAUCGCUGGGUCUCAUCUACGAGUCUGAGAAAGUUGGAGCUGAGACAGCAGAGGAGUUGAUUCGUCAGGGUGAGGCCCUGAAGAGGACUGAGCGGAUGGUGGACAACAUGGAGCAGGACAUGAGGACCAGUCAGAGACACAUUAACAGCAUCAAGAGCGUAUGGGGCGGACUGGUCAACUACUUCAAAGGAAAACCAGACCCCAAACCUCCACAGCGUGACCAGCCCACAGGUUACCAGGCCAACAGCAGAUUACAGGACGCACUAUCUGACAGCAAAGUGCAUGAAGACAAAUAUCAAGAGAGUCACCCGAACCUGAGGAAACUGGAUACAUCUGGAUUUGGAGCUUCAGCAUCGUUGGAUAAUGACUCGUCCAAUCAAAACGGCUACCCCAAGAACAAACACCUAAGGUCUGCCCACCAACAACUGGAUAAUAAUCUGGAUGAAAUGUCUUUGGGUUUGAGCCGGCUGAAGAACCUGGGCUUAGGACUCCAGGCAGAGAUCGACGACCAGGAUGUCUCUCUGGAUUCUCUGCUCAAUAAAGUAGACAGCAUGGAUGGCAAGAUCAGCUCCACCAACCGCCAGCUCAAAAACCUUAAAUAGCCUCAGACUCUCUCACACUCUCCCCGGGCACCGGUGAAAGGCUUCGAGGAAAACUACCUGUUAGUCCCUUCACAGCAGCAGAGUGUACCCGGCCACUAAGGUUGGAGAGAAUUCGACAGUUCGGCGUGUGGCCACAUUUGACUGUUUCCUUUAUGACUGCCACACACUCCUAACGUGGCCUAACAGACGGACCCCGUUUCACCUAAAAAUCCCACCCCCACCCCACCCCCCCCCCCCCCAAAAAAAUCCAUUUUCGCUGGUUCUUUAUGAAGAUGUAGAAGGACUUUGACACGACACGUCUGAGUGUUCCAGUCUGUUGCUAAAAUAUGGUCCUGUUAAAUUCACAAGCCUUUGGUAAAUACUAGUCUGACAAAGGAACAUGUUUGCUAAAUCCUGUCAGAAUCAUGGAGGUUAUGCGCUGGGAUGGUGUCUUCUCACUCUGCCUUAAUGUGAAUUCAUUCAUCUCCUGUCAUGUCCUCAAGGCUUUGUGCUAUGCUCAUUUUAUCACUUGGAUGUUGUUUAGAGAAACUCAUGACGUGAUGUUAGUAUUGUGAAUGAAAUCUCCUCUCAGCUUUGCUUUUUUUUUUUUU